UUCAAUGUAAUGGAUUCCAUCAGAAAAUGGUUUUACAAACCCAGGCGGGAUGACACGUCGCUGCUAGCUCAAUUCUUCUAUGCAGACGAGGCUUUGAACUUGGUGGCUGCAGAGCUGGACAGUUUUGAUGGCCGCAAAGAUCCUGAAAGAUGCACAUCCCUGGUUAACCAUCUGCGACAGUGUCAGGACAAGGUCUUGAAUAUCUGCAACAGAAUUAUGGAUGAGUUGAUCCCAAACGAGAGAGCUGACCGCGACUUUAGGGUUAAGUUCCCAGAUGAUGUGAUGCAAGACAAUCUGGCCGGACAACUCUGGUUUGGAGCUGAGUGCUUGGCUGCAGGAUCAAGCAUCAUGAAUAGGGAGACAGAGAGCGGUGCCAUGCGGCCACUAGCCAAAGCACUGACCAAGUCUUUGGAGAAUGUGCGGAAUUUGCUGCGUGAGGCUAGUCUGCGCACACAUGCGCCCACGGAGCUUGCUCAUGACCGACUGGUGGAAUCACUCAAGAUGUUUGACCGCCUGCUGGCAGAUUUCGAGUUGAGCUACGUCAGCGCCAUGGUGCCAGUCAAGUCUGUCCACGAGUACCAGCUGCAGCAGGACAUUGUUGUUCUCUUCUCUGAGACUCUGCAGAGGGCUCUGAGGUUGGAACUGCUGACACAGGAGAUGGUGGAUCAGUAUGAUCCUGCCUUGAUGUUCACUAUCCCUCGGCUGGCUAUCGUCACAGGGCUUCUGGUCUUCCCUGAGGGUCCCCUCAGCCUGGACACCAGCCCUCACAACAUGUCUGAGAUGUUCAGGCCAUUCAGGACUUUGCUGGUGAAGAUCAGAGAGUUGCUGUGGACACUAUCAGAGCCUGAGCUGGUCACUUUAGAGAAGAUGUUGUGUUCCUCGGAUGACUCAACUAUCCUCACCCGCAAACCUUCUACCAACAGUGAGGCAGACGCCAGUGAGGAGGAGAGCUCCGGUUGGGGAGGAGAGGGAGACGCGUCUGAGUGUGAGACUGUGAUGGAACAGCUGCCUGCAACCCACGUGCCUACAACCAUGUCUUCCCAAGUCACAGACUGCAUAGAGAGUUCACCAGAGGUCUCCAGAGCGGCCGAUGACAGCUUAGCACCAAAUUGUGACCAGGAACUGACCACUCCAGAGGAUGCUGACAGGAUAUUGCAGAUGGAAGAGGAUGCAGAUAGUGACGGUGCCAGCUCUGCAACUUAUGCUCAGUCCGGUGUUGUCAAUCUGAAUGGCCAAUGGACUUUACCUAUCAUUCCCUGUGCCUGUUCUGUGGACCUCCCGGAGGAUGCUACAAUGACCAAACAAGGCUUGCUGAACAGAAGUUUACCUCAGGACGGGGAGUUUGUGAUAGAGUCUGUGGAAAAUGCUUGUGAGGAAUGUAUGCGCCAAGCAGGUGACACGGAUACAGAAGUGCCUUCGGAUAUCCAGUCUACCGGUGAGGACGAGGAUGUAAGAUGGCCUGGAGGAACUGACCUACCAGGCACUUCUGUAGGCGUUAGGGAACAAACAGACCCACAGACCGGAAGUCAGUACAGUGAUAUCGGUUCAAUAACUAGUGUACAAUCGAGUAGUGAUAUUAUUAAUAGUGAUGAUAGUGUUAAUUAUAGACAGAAUGUUAACUUGAGUGAUUCUAGACUGGACAGGUUGCGAACUAUUGAAGGCAAACAGGAGACGGAGGAGUGGAAGGCAAAACGACAAAGUGAGGAACAUUCAGAAGGUCUGCAUGUACGUUACGCUGAGAACUGGGAGGCUCUGUGCUCCUCAGGCCAACUCCCUAAUAGUAAUAACUGUGAUAAAAGACAGAGCAGCGACCGUGAUCGUGAUCCUGUCAGUGACAGCCUUUCUUCUUCCUGUUCCAGUUGCCACAGCACCUUCAGUGUCACCUCGGACAGUUGCAGCAUUACCAGUGAAACAUCCUCCUUCAAUUCUGAAUGUCAGGACGAUGAGGAGGUGGCACUCGCUAUCCGAGCAGUACAACAUGCGACAAAGAAUGAGGCUCGUGCUAAGUUCAGAUCGAGUGGAGACUUACUACACCGACUAUUUGUGUGUAUCUCUGGUGUGGCCGACCAGCUGCAGACUAACUUUGCUGGAGAUCUGCGCCAUAUCCUCAAGAGUGUCUUCUUGCUCAACUCCAUUGAUAACAAGCCCGAGGAAGAGGAAGAAUUAGAUGAAGUCCCAGAUAUACCUCCAGAAUUAUGUGAGAAUGGAGAGGAGGCUCUGGUAUGGGGGGCUGGUGUGGUGAAUGCAGGCGGCGUAGAGGCAGCCCCUCUGUGGCUCCCAGACGAGGCAGCUCCGUCCUGCAUGUCCUGUCACGCAAUGUUCACUGUAAUCCGCAGGCGGCAUCACUGUCGCAACUGUGGCAAGGUGUUCUGUGCACGCUGCAGCUCCAACUCUGUGCCGCUGCCACGUUAUGGCCACACGAAACCUGUUCGUGUUUGCAACCGCUGCUUUAUCUACCAGGUCACUCCUUUCUCUGUAGAGACCAUAGCCACCGCUACAGCCACAGCCACUAACUAGACACAUUCCCUUCCGCUGGUCGGAACUAUUUAUUUUUGUACCUCUGUAUGUAAGAAAUGGUAUGCGACGUGCCGUAGUGAAAUAUCCUCUCUGAUUCUGAUGUGUAACUAGCGGUUUUGCUUCUUGUUUUCUCAAAUUUAACCAACAUUGCAAUUAUAAAUUGUUUCCACUAAAAAAUGUAUUUUGGGAAUGUUUAUGGUUAUAUGGUUGUCUACAAGAACUAUGGGUUAAAUUUGAUAAAUCCUUGUUAAUUAUUGUGGUUUGACUACAAAUAUUUAAUGAACAUAUGAUUUAUACCUUUUCUUUGAAGACGUUUCAUACUAAUACAAAAAAUUGGUUUGCUUUUAAAACCUUUAUAUACAAUAAUUUUUUUAAAUAUAUUAAAGUGUUUUAAUGUUUUGACUUGGUGAUAUUAAGUUCUUAAGGUGGACAAAUAUGAUAAUAAAAUGCUGCAUUCUUAUUUAAUCCGAUAUUAAUGAUUUCUAUGUUUAAAUUGUUAAACCACCAUUUGGUAAAUUGGGAAAAAUAAUAAAUGUUUAUUCUAAUUUAUGUGUUUAUAUUACUAGUGAGGAACAUAAUCCCUGCACACAUCCUGUCUAGAAAAAUAUAGUCAUGAAUAUUGAUUACUAGUAUUGUUUUUAAUAAUAUUGAUCUACAUGCACUCUUAUACUUUCUACGUGUAACAAAAAUUAAUAACAUUAGUAAAUUUGGCAUGUUUGUAACAGUUCCCAUCUAAAGAGGUCCAGACUUAUAAGACUGUAUGUAGGUGAGGCAGUUUUUGUUCCUGGAGAUUUCUGUUCUAAAAGUUGUACUAUUUUUUCUUCUAAAAAAUGUAAAGUAAAGAUUAAAUUCUUUUCAUAGUCACCUAUUAUUUUCUUUGGAAGUCAAAGUCUAACCUUUUUGUUAAAGAAAAUCUGGAAACCUCAGGAAAGAAUAUUGCAACUGUACUGAAAGAAAGAAAAAUUUACAAAAAUAGCAAUGAGGCAAGUCCUUUUUUUGGUUUGGAAAAAACGUGUAGUCUAAUCUUGCUCAUGCUUAAAGAUUAUGUUGUAGUGAUUGUGAGUGUGUUACUGACAAUAUUUUGUAAUGUUUUAAGAUAUUAAUGUUGUUUAUAAAACAGAUGAAAUAUUGUACAAUACAUUGGAAAUGUAAAUAAUACAGAUUGCAAUGUAUAUUAACUGAGAAUGCUAUUGCCAGAUGCUUACAAGGACAUUUAACACGGUUUGGUGGAAUCAAAUUAUUGAUUAGUAAUAUUUUUAUGCAAAUGUUUUCAUCAUAAUCAUCGGACAAAGUGAUACAAUAAUAACUGAUUAUACCUUUUUCACAAUUUGGAAUCCUCAGCAUACUUUAUCCUUCAACUGAUAAAUAAAUAUUUAUUUUAAUAUAUUAACAGUAAAAACUAUUCCUGAACUAACAAUCAUUGUCAGCCAUUUUUAAGCUUUUAAAAAUAGUAAGAAAGUUCUUAUUACUGCUUUUAAAAAGUCCAGAGAAUAAUAUUUUAAUUUUACUAUAGAAAGUUUUCAGACUUUACUAGGAUAUUGUGUAAUGUAAGAGUUAUAUAAUUAUCUAAAUAUAUAAAUUAAACAGAAGUUGAUAGUGAGAAAGAUAAUAACAUAGUUUAAACUAAUUACCUUAUUUGCAAGAAUACCUGUAGAAAUUUACUUUGAGGAGUUUUUAAUGCAGAAUAUAGUUUUUACUGGUGUUAACAACAUCUACUCAUGAAUACAAAAUGUUAUCAAUAUGGAAGUAAUUGAAGUCAAGCAUUACAUAUAAUCUAAACUAUUUAUUGAAGUAGUGCUAAGAAAAUAUAAAAUAUUUUUAAUUAAUUUUAUUUUGACAGAUUUUGCUGUUCACUUAAAAGUUAAAACAAUAAUAAAACUAAUUAAAACUAUACAGAUGGAUGUUUUUUUGAAUAAAUAGUACUUUUUAAGCCAAAAUGAGUAAAUUUUCCAUAUGUAUAUUGAUACAUACAGUGGCAAUACAGAAGUGGUUUGAAUAUUGUAAACUGAGCCGUUCUUCAACUUGAGAAUUCAAACUGAUUUGUAGGCAGAGGCUGUCUGUUAGAAAAGAUUUUUUAACUACUGGGCCAUUGGAAAGUGGAAGGGUAGGUCUGUCAUAUUUGUUAUGUAAAACUAAAUAAUAGGACAUCUCAAUUUUGAAAUAUCUCUUAUAAAAAUAAAACCCACAAAAAUGUGUAGACAAAAAUUGAAAAAUUGUUUAUAUAGUAAGCCAUAUCAUACUGUAAAACUUUUUUGUUAAAAAAGACUUUGAAAAUAAAACAAAAUGAUAGCAAGCUAAAAACUUCGUAUCGUGGCUGAAUUUUAGAUGCAAACAUACUCACUAGGUUCCUGAAUUGCUUUCUCUAACCCAAUAUUUGGUACAUAUUUAUUUGUAAAUUGAAACUGACCAUAUUUUAGUGGAGAGGACACUGUUAAAACUUGUACAUAACAUAGUAUGGCUUAUUUUAUGUGCAGUUAACUAUUAAAAAUAUAAAAUAAAAAGAUUUUCUUGGCCUUAAAUAAUUUUAAGGCCAAGAUUUUUCUCUCCUGUUAGAUUUUUAAAACUGUUGAAUUUGAAAGUUUAGCAUUAACCUCUUCCUUUUCACCAUAAGUAAACAUUUUGAAAAUAAGCUUACAUAAUUGUCUUACUUUUUAAAGCGAUAAACUUUUAAAGGAGUAACGCUCCUAUGUUACCUCUUUGAUGUCCCAUACAUGUUGGAAUUGUAGUCUCUAUAGAUACUGGACGUUACAUCAAACAGUUUGUUAUUUAAGUCCAUUAUUGUUUGAAUGAAUUUCAAUUAAAAUAUGAUUAUAUCAUAUAUCUGUAAGUAACCUACCUCAUAAUGGUUGAUGGCCUUGAUUUUAAAAUUAGAAUUGAAUUUCUGAUGUCUUGAAGCACAAGAAAGCUAGUUGUCAUUUUGGACAUGUAGUUGUACAAAGCAAAUUAAGUGUAAUUUAUAUAAUAAUUGUAACUUUAAUGUGGCAGAUGCAUUAGUAUGUCAGGCUUAGUGGUACAAGUCAAGAUCAUUCAGUGAAGAUAUUACAGUAUUAUUAUAAAUUGAAUGAAAGUAUACUGUUGAGUAAUUGACAACAGUAGAGUAACUCAUGAGUUUUCGCAUUGACUACUUUCAAAAUCCAUUCAAAACAGUUAAUUCGGUCUGAAUACUUAAAGGAUAAAGGUCUGAGUGCUCAUCUCUAAUGUUAACUCUUGUGGGUGUAUUGACACUACAUUGUGACCAGUGUGCUAUGGUCAUUAUAUUUAGAAUUUGCUUGGUAAUGGUUGAUUUAAUAUAUUCAGUCAUGCAAUUAAUCAUUAAACAUUAUUGUAUUAAAGAUUUUUUUGUACGGAAAUAAGAUAGUAAAAUAGUUAUUACAUAGAUAAGUUUUCACAUUUUAUGACAAAAUUGAGGUUAUUUGCAUACAAUUGUUAACAUUUAAUGAAUAAUAGUCAUAAAAAUAAAUAAUUAUUAAAUAUCAACUAUCAUUUAACACAGUUUGAUAUUUGUGCAAUGAUCAUGCUGAACUGCUUAGUUUCUACAUUAGAAAUUAACAUAGGAAGUGUUUUUUCAAAUGUGGCUGGACAAAACGUAAUAUUAACAAUGCAUGCUAGUUAGCUGCUGGCUGUACAUCAGACACUUUGAUUUUAACUUGGGACUAACAUUUAAAACUGUUUUAUAAAUAGAAACUCAUGUCAAAUCCAUAAAUGUUUCAAUCAGAAACUUUUGAUUUUAGUAUCUCGUUACUAAAAACUUAAAAAUUAUAUUAUCUGUUAAUACUAAUGUUUUAUAAUUUAUAUUUAAAAACAGUUUCUUAUAGGAAAAAUCUACACUGAUUAUAAAUUAUAAGCAAUUAGUAUUAACAAAUUAUUGUAUAUUUAACAAUUCAUUAGUAAAAAAACAUUGAAAUCUAUGUUUCUGAUGUGAAACAUUUAUGGAUUUAAAACCAGCUACUAUUUAUGGAGGCCCAACUGUGUUUUGCCGGCAGCUGACUAAUAUUCCCUCUUAAGGUAUAAUUUUAGAAACAUAAGCAUCAUUGCUUUAAAGACCUCACUAAUAUGAAAUUUAACAAAUAAAACAAGUAAAAUACUACUUUUUGGUCACAUACGCACUCAGACUAUGUCAAUCUAGUCUACGACCAGGUAGUCCUAGAAUAUGGAAAUAAAAUGCUAUUUUUUGUCAUAUAUGCAAUUUAAUUGUGUAUUUUGGCCCAACAUUCAAGACUUUAUACUCUAGAUGCAAUUAACCAAUAGCCGUAAAAUUAGGAAACUUGACACACAUAUAACACGAAUAUUAGUGGAAUGCUUAUUGGCUAAUUUUAGAAGAUGUCACAAAGUCUCGGCUCCAUAGAAUUCUUUUGCGUUGCUCAUUAUAAGGAAAGUUUUAUUUCACAAUGUAAUUAUGUGUUGGAAAAAAUGCAAUAAGUCAUAUUAAAUAAUAAUGUACAUGACUACAUAUUUUUAAGAUGAAGUCAAUAUAUCUAAAAAAAUUAAAACUAGUAGAAAAAUGGGUUUACUUGUAUUAAAUUUUGAUUAAUUUGGUUCUAUUGUGUACACUGAAAAAGGUUUGUAUUAUAUUAUUAGUUCAAUGUUAUUAUGUAAUGCGUGUGUGUGUAUGUUGUGCCUUUGAGCUAUUUUAAGUACUUUGGUGUGUUUUAUAAAUUCUUCACUUUAUCAAACAUUUGUUUUUAUGUUGGAACAACAUACAGAUAAAAGAAAGAAAAUUGUUUUGUAAAACAUUUAUACCAUUUCAUGGUAGUGAAACUUAGUAAAUUUCUCUUUCACAAAAGUUAUCAUUAAUUUCUAGUGUAGAGUUGUUUGUUUUGAAAUAAAUAUUUACAGUUUUUCCUAACCGGUACUUAACAUUGAAAGAGCCAUUUUUGAACCAUUUAUUUGUUUUAUAGUGAAAUUACUAGGUCUGAAGUGACUUUGGAUCUGAGAAGUUCUUGGUGAGCCCCUCUAGAUUUUAAUCCUUGGUUUUUUAUUUUUUCACAAAGUUUCGGUUCCAUAAAGUAGUUAUUUUUUACAUAGAAACAGUGAAUAUUAACUUUUUGAACUGAUUGUUAAUUGAAAAGGGUAUUAGUGAAAGUUAUUCUAAUAAAAAAUUACAUUAAAAUCUAAUUUUUGUACUAAUUUUUCACCUUAUUCACUGUUGAGUGGUUUAGUAUAAUGGGUGUUCCACAUUGCUGCAGAGGUUUUGGUGCAUAGAUAAGCUACCACGUCGGAAUCUUGAUGUAUCUGAAAAAGUUGUUUUAUUAUUAUUCUUAUUAUAUUUGAGCAUGCAUUUUUAUGAACAAAUACAUAUACUAGAACAGGCAGGAAAAUGGAAUGGAAAUGCUGUGGAAGUAACCAAAAUAUUAAAAAUAAAAAAGUUUGUCAUUGGCUCCAAAGUGAUCAAAUAGUAAACAUUCAUAAAAUGUGAGAGUACAUGUAAUUUUGCACUAUUAAAGAUUUUAAAGUAAAUAAUUAUUAUAAAAAAUAACAGAAAAAGUUGGAUCAGGGGUCUAGUAGUGAGAUUAGAAUCUUUCAUGCUUGUACACAACAUAUUAGUGCUACUAGAAUGUUGACAUUUAGCCCAUUUCCUCCACCAUUGUUUACCAGGUGCCUAGUGCCUACUGGACUGUGACACACAGGUCCAUUCAUGCAAUUAGCAUUAAAUAUGGUAAACAAGGAAAACGUUUGAGGGAAAAUUUCACAAUAGAAUUUGUUUUAGUUAACUCAUAUAUUUUGAAUUAGAUGUAUCUGUUCAUGCUAUUUUAUAUUUACUAAUAACAAUUAAAACUAAGAAUCUGUUACUUGUGUUUCACUCAUUCAAUUAAAAGAAUGAUUAUUUACUUCCUGUAUAUCUUUUGUUUAAACUACUCUUUGUUUUAAAAAGAUUAAGACGAAAAAUCACUUGAAAUGUCACUCCAACUGGCAGUAACAAUGUAAAACAACUUGUAGAUGGAAUAUAUUUUUAAACAUUAUUUUUAUGUAUUUUAUAAUAAUAAUGGCAUAAUGUAAAAAGUUAUAUUAUUAUGAGACUCAACUGUAUUUUUAUAUUAAGUUGUGGUAACAAGCAGGUGUUAAAUAUGUACACAUUGUAAUGCGUAUUUUUAAUUUAUAUUGAAAUGUAUAAUAUUAUAAAUAAAAGAACUGGUGAGCUAUUAAUAUAUUUUAUAA